AUGAAGGCAAAAUAUCCAACCGAAGAAAAGUUACUUAGAGAAUUUAUCAACCUAACCAAUUUGAGUCAUUUCACUGAGGUAUACAACAGGCUGAUGCUUAUUAAGGAAAGCAAGAAGAAGGCAUAUAAUGAAGCAAUCUGUUCAACUUAUAACAAGCAAUUAUGUAUUUUUGUUUGUUGUAUGAUAAAUGAGUUAUCUUCUGGAUUCCUCACCCCUGUGAUAACAGUACUGGAUGCCAUAGAGUCUAUUCGUCAUCUUAGAGAGAGAGCUAGAUGUGAUCCCGAUGUUAAGCUUGAUAUCCCAUUUGAUUUUAAAGAAGCUAACGCAAUCAAAACUAUGAUUGGUUCUUGUUCAACUCUUUGCAGUCAUUCAAUUGAGUUUCUUUUGUGGCACAUGAACUGCCAAAAUUCAGGAAUAGGUUUUGUAUGUCAAUAUUUGGGAAAUGAGUUAGCUUGGAUGGAUAUGCAUCAUUUGGUUCUCAUGAACGACUAUUUAGUUACAUCUAAAUCUCCUGUGUUACGCGAUCUUAGAGUUUCAAGAGAGGUGGAAGAUUUAAAUCGAGCCAUUACAAAAGUUUCUUCCUAUCGUUACCCUCAGUUCUACAUGUUUAUGGUUUCUAAUUUGGAAAGGUUUAAAAUAGAACCUUUUGUAUUUCCUACUUUAAUUGCCGUUGCACAGGUGCUGGAGAAAGGUGACUACAAUGUUACAAAUCUUGAAUCAUCUUCAACUAAAGCUGCAAAUUUAUCCAUGGUGCAAUCUUUGGUAACACUUCACCAAACAGCUUUUCCACAAAAUCAUUCAAGCCCUUCGAGUGUGCAAAUGCAAGCGGUGAAAGAAGAGAAUCGUCAAAAGCGUUCAAGGACUCCAAUGGAACAAAAGAAUCAAAUCUUAAGGGCUUCAAAUGUGCAAAUGCCACCUAUAAUACAAGAGAAGACUCAUUUGAUUAUCUUGGAUUAG